AUGUCAGGUGAAAUCACUCCAAAUAUAUUUGAAGGAUUUAAAUUAAUUGCCAACAAGGGACUUAGCAGUCAUUUCCAACUGAGCCACUCAUUUAUCCUCAGCAGUGGCAAAUCCUCUGGCUAUAAAUUUGGGUCAACAUAUGUGGGGACUCAGCAGAUAUCACCUAACGAGGCAUAUCCCGUAUUAGUUGGAGAGAUGUCUCCUUCUGGCGACCUCACAGCAAAUAUAAUCCACCAGUUGACCCCUUCUAUCAGACUCCGUCUCAUGGCUUUGGUGGAAAAACACCGUUGGUUGACAUGUCAAUACUCUGCGGAAUAUCGGUCUCCCUUAUACUCCCUCACACUUGCAGCUGGGGACGUGGAUGUGGUCAAUGGGAGAGGUUUGGUCCCCUUUUUUAACAAUGAGGCACUCUUAUUGGGCAAUAGGUUUUUUGUACUGAUUAGACCAGGGCUUGUCGACACGGAAUAUACUGUGGGAGCCACUAUGGAGAAGAGACUGACCCCCAUGCCCUUCACGCUUGUUUUCUCUGCUUUGAUUUCACAUUUGGCCGGAAAAUAUCAUUUUGGACUUGGGCUUAUUUUGGGGUGA